AUGACUCUAGCCUGGAGACAUUUGCCGAGAGCCCUGCACCUGGAGACCUCCUCUCCCAGGAUCCCCAAGACGCAUCCUUCCUUGAGCCAUGCUCCCUGGACAUCUGUAACCAGACUCAGUCUUCAUACAAAACCCACAAUGCCUCCAUGUGACUUCACGCCCGAAAGAUACCAGUCCCUCACCUACAACCGCGUCCUGCAGAUCCAUAAGCAACACCUUUCUCCAGUGGUGACGGCGUACUUCCAGGAGCCCUUGCUUCUCCACCAGGGGCACAUGCAGUGGCUGUUUGAUUCUGAGGGAAACAGAUACCUGGAUUUCUUUUCCGGGAUUGUCACUGUCAGUGUUGGUCAUUGCCACCCAAAGGUAAACGCAGUGGCACAAAAGCAGCUCAGCCGCCUGUGGCACACAAGUUCUGUCUUCUUCCACCCUCCAAUCCACGAAUAUGCAGAGAAGCUUUCAGCACUUCUUCCUGAGCCUCUUAAGGUCAUUUUCAUGACAAACAGCGGCUCAGAAGCCAACGACCUGGCCAUGCUGAUGGCGAGAGCACACUCAGAUCAUACAGACAUCAUUUCCUUCAGAGGAGCCUACCACGGAAGCAGUCCUUACACACUUGGCUUAACAAAUGUAGGGACCUUCAGGAUGGAACUCCCCAGUGGGAUGGGUUGCCAAUCAACAAUGUGCCCAGAUGUUUUCCGUGGCCCUUGGGGAGGAAGCCACUGUCGAGAUUCUCCAGUGCAAACCAUUAGGCGAUGCAGCUGUGCACCAGACUGCUGCCAAGCUAAAGAUCAGUAUAUUGAACAGUUCAAAGAUACUCUGAGCACUUCUGUUGCCAAGUCAAUUGCUGGAUUCUUUGCGGAACCUAUUCAAGGCGUGAAUGGAGUUGUCCAGUACCCAAAGGGUUUUCUAAAGGAAGCCUUCGAGCUGGUGCGAGAGAGGGGAGGCGUGUGCAUUGCAGAUGAGGUGCAGACAGGAUUUGGAAGGUUGGGUUCUCAUUUCUGGGGCUUCCAAACCCAUGAUGUCCUGCCUGACAUUGUCACCAUGGCUAAAGGGAUUGGGAAUGGCUUUCCCAUGGCAGCAGUUGUAACAACUCCAGAGAUUGCCAAGUCAUUGGCUAAAUGCGUGAAUCACUUCAACACCUUUGGAGGGAACCCCGUGGCCUGCGCCAUUGGAUCUGCUGUGCUUGAGGUGAUUAAAGAAGAAAAUCUCCAGGAAAACAGUCAAGAAGUUGGUACCUACAUGUUACUGAAGUUUGCUAGGCUGAGGGAUGAGUUUGAAAUUGUUGGAGACGUCCGAGGCAAAGGCCUCAUGAUAGGAAUAGAAAUGGUGCAGGACAAGACGAGCCGCCAGCCUCUUCCCCGUGAAGAAGUAAAUCAAAUCCAUGAGGACUGCAAACACAUGGGGCUCCUCAUUGGCAGAGGUGGCAUUUUUUCCCAGACGUUCCGCAUCGCGCCCUCAAUGUGCGUCUCUAAACCAGAUGUUGAUUUUGCAGUGGAAGUGUUGCGUUCUGCCUUAACCCAACACACGGAGAGAAGAGCUAAGUAA